UGCCUAAUCCUGACCCACUUUUUUCUUCUUUCACCACCACCAUGUCUUCUCCGAUUUUCUGGUAUCAUCUCGUUCAUGCAGUCCUCACUGUCCAUAUUUCAGAUAUACCAGAACCUUCAAGAUCUCAGCAUGAUAGUGUGAUAGGAUCUGUUUAUGGCCCUGGAACAAAAAAGGUUGACUACCACUGGAAAAAAGAGAUGUUUGUAGGCCCUGGUGAUCUGGAUGCAGUGUGUGACCCAUCAUCAAGUCAGUUUUAUAUCAUCCUUUGUGAAGGAGUGACAGGAUCUCCACAUUGCAGAUAUCAGUAUUCCUAGGGGUUGAAACAUGCGGGAUAAUAUAAAUAUGCGAGCAGAGAAGAUGAGGAAACAGAAUCUCUGAAGAGUCUCCAGAGUGACUUGUACCA